AUGGUUUCCUUAAUCUCUGACUUGGAUCCACUCAAAGACUGGAAAGUUUUAAGAGAGACAACCACAGAGUUAGCUGGAAGCCUACCAAGUAACGGCACAGCCAACAAGAUGAACGGCGCUUUGGAUCACUCCGACCAGCCAGACCCAGAUGCCAUUAAGAUGUUUGUCGGGCAGAUCCCCAGGUCCUGGUCGGAAAAGGAGCUGAAAGAACUUUUUGAGCCUUACGGAGCCGUCUACCAGAUCAACGUCCUCCGGGACCGGAGUCAGAACCCUCCCCAGAGCAAAGGUUGUUGUUUCGUAACGUUUUAUACAAGAAAAGCUGCACUUGAGGCCCAGAAUGCACUGCACAAUAUUAAAACUUUACCUGGGAUGCAUCAUCCCAUUCAGAUGAAACCUGCGGAUAGUGAGAAGUCAAAUGCUGUGGAAGACAGAAAAUUGUUCAUAGGAAUGGUUUCGAAGAAAUGCAACGAGAAUGACAUCAGGGUGAUGUUCUCUCCGUUCGGCCAGAUAGAGGAGUGCCGGAUCCUCCGGGGGCCCGACGGGCUGAGCCGAGGCUGUGCGUUUGUCACAUUUUCUACAAGGGCAAUGGCACAGAAUGCAAUCAAAGCCAUGCAUCAGUCUCAGACCAUGGAGGGCUGCUCUUCACCUAUCGUGGUGAAGUUUGCUGACACUCAGAAGGACAAAGAGCAAAGACGCCUCCAACAGCAGCUGGCGCAGCAGAUGCAACAGCUCAACACUGCCACCUGGGGGAACCUGACGGGCCUGGGCGGACUCACCCCACAGUACCUGGCGCUCCUGCAGCAGGCCACCUCCUCCAGCAACCUGGGCGCCUUCAGCGGCAUUCAGCAGAUGGCGGGCAUGAACGCUUUACAGUUACAGAAUCUGGCCACGCUGGCGGCCGCUGCAGCUGCAGCCCAGACCUCAGCCACCACCACCAACGCAAACCCUCUGUCCACCACGAGCAGCGCCCUGGGAGCCCUCACCAGCCCCGUGGCUGCUUCAACACCCAACUCCACUGCUGGUGCGGCCAUGAACUCUUUGACCUCUCUCGGGACUCUGCAAGGACUGGCGGGAGCCACAGUUGGACUGAAUAAUAUUAAUGCACUCGCAGGUACCAUAAACAGUAUGGCGGCUCUGAAUGGAGGACUUGGCGCCACGGGCUUGACGAAUGGCACAGCGGGCACCAUGGACGCCCUCACCCAGGCCUACUCAGGGAUUCAGCAGUACGCAGCCGCGGCGCUGCCCACUCUGUACAGCCAGAGCUUGCUGCAGCAGCAGAGCGCAGCGGGCAGCCAGAAGGAAGGUCCAGAGGGUGCAAACCUCUUUAUUUACCACCUUCCACAGGAGUUUGGAGACCAGGACAUUCUGCAGAUGUUCAUGCCUUUUGGAAAUGUUAUCUCUGCUAAAGUCUUCAUUGACAAACAGACCAAUCUGAGCAAGUGCUUUGGUUUUGUUAGCUACGACAAUCCGGUGUCUGCGCAAGCUGCUAUCCAGGCUAUGAAUGGCUUUCAGAUUGGCAUGAAACGCUUGAAGGUCCAGCUGAAGCGCUCCAAAAAUGACAGCAAACCUUACUGA